CAUCGAUUCACCAGAUCGCUUCGAUUCCACCCACGGGCCAUGAGCAAUGGGUAGCGAAAGCCCUCGUGUCCGGGUGCUCACGCACUUCUCUGAGCACGGCACCGCGCCACGCUGGGUUCUGGGCCCCGCACCCAGCUGGAGUCCGCGGAAGACUGGGCAGCGCUUCGCGGGCGAGCAGGAGACCUCACCUGGCCCUGGCAGAUACAGCCCAAGCAAGAGCAAGGGACUCCAACCUUCGUGGGGCUUUGGCAGCGGCGACCGGGAGUGGAAUCAUUUGCCUCACGACUACUGGCCUCAAACCACUGGCGCAUCGCCCGACCUCUACAGCAAGCAGGCGCCGGUGAAGCAGCGACCGCGGUCCUUUGGGCGUGCGGUACGGCAGUUCAAGUUUGAGAUCCCCGACACUCCGGGCCCGGGGAAAGUGACCUUGGACAUCGACGUGGAGCAUCCGCGCUACCCCGCGUAUAGCCUCGGCGGCAAGAACGAGUUCUUCUGGGCCACUUAUGCGACCCCUCCCUCCGGUGGCCGGAUGGCGCAAAGCAGCCAUGAUGUCGCCGAGACGCCUGGACCGAGUGACUACACCGUUCGACGCCCGGCACCCCCGCCGGUCGACCCCGCGGCGUCCCCGCGCCCGGCCACGCGCGACGCGCUGGGCGGGUCCUCCGCGCGGCCGUGGCAAGCGAGCUCCGCGGUGCGGAGGUCGCCCUUUGGGGAUCGACCUUCACCAGGGCCAGGGCACUACGAGACGACCUGUCGUCCAAAGGCCACCAGCACUUCGCCGCGCAAGUCUGCCCGGAGUCGUCUCCGUCCACGCAGUGCCCAUGGUGCUUUGCCGCGGAUGCCGCGCGGGGCGACACCUGGGCCGCAGUGUCCGCCAUAUACUCAGUUCGACCAGCUGGCCGAAAAUUGGGCCAAGUGAGCUUCCCGCAGAACACCGCUCGGCUGGAUGUACAGCACGUCGCGAGAUGUGACGAGGCCGACAUAGCAGCCGCGCAGAUCAACUGCCUCAG